UGCCAUUCAAAAUAUUUAUGAAAGCUUUCAGGCUUGCAUAACCUAGUCAUACUGGAGAAAAACACUGUUCUCUUCACUUGCAACAGCGAGCGCAGCUCUCUAAUGUUGGAAGCCUUACCUCGUACCUGGAGCGAUUGCGGGGUUGUUACGCAGGAUGUGCCUCAAUCGGCAGGUCACACCAUCUCCGUGCUGCAUAUUCUUUCCAAUUCAAGGCUUUUACGAGUAGAACGAGUCCUCAGCUCAUGCAAUGACCUCUUCAACCCCUUCCCACAUUGGACGGAUAAAUCGGACGUUCCAAAAUGGAGACAUUGGCAUGGAGUUGCAGCUCCAAUGACGUAUAGUGACAGCCAUCAUACAACCUCAACAGCAUGCGAGUACUUGUAUAUGAGAUCCUGAAAAUUCUGUUCUCUGCACAGUCUAUUGUAUUUGAAUUGUUGAUAAUGAUGCUCGAGUUCACCACUACGACUGUUUGGACCGUCGCUCUAGGACUUUUCUCCGCCCAGAGCGCGUCUGCAGUCCGAUCCACGCAGGCACAAGCUCGAGAGAUAUUGCGAACGACGCCCCUUAUAGACGGUCACAAUGACUUGGCAUAUUUCCUCCGAUGGGCGCACAGCAACCAUAUAUACCUCGACAAUUUCACUAUCCCGUGGGAAAGUGGCCAUCUUGGCGGUGAAGUGGACCUAUACCGUCUGCGUGAAGGACAGGUCGGUGGCACUUUCUGGUCAAUCUAUGCGGAUUGUCCAAAGGGAGCAUACAGCAAAGAAUACUUUGCAGACGCUCUGGAUGAAACUGACAAUGCAAUCGAUGUCAUUCUAAGGAUCCAAGAGGCGUACCUCCAUGCUUUCGGUCGUGCCAGAACUAGCGCCGAAGCGCUCGAAAUCUUUUCCUCAGGCCGCAUCAUCUCACCUCUGGGCCUCGAAGGCCUUCACAUGUUGGGUGAAUCCUUUGCUAAGUUGCGUGACUACUAUGAGCGUGGCAUCAGGUACGCAACGUUGACUCACAACUGCCACAACAUUUACGCCGAUUCCGCCAUGACGGACACCCCCAACGGAACGAUCCAAGCUACGCCGAGAUGGGGAGGAGUCAGCGCACUGGGCCAGAAACUUGUGAGAGAGAUGAACCGACUGGGUAUACUUGUUGACUUGAGCCAUACCUCCGCCGACACGAUGCGUAGUGUCCUCGGUGCCCAUUCCAAUCACAAUCGAACCGUGAGCAAUGGCACUACUCCACAAUGGGAAGGCAGUUUAGCUCCACCCAUCUUCAGCCAUAGCAGCGCUUUCGGUCUAUGCCCACAUCCUCGGAACGUUCCAGACGACGUUCUACAUCUUGUCAAGGCUCGUGGCGGCGUUGUUAUGGUCACGUUCUGGGCUGGCUUCAUUAGCUGCCAAUGGGCAAACGGAGCACCAGCUCCGGGAGAACUACCAGUCACUUAUCCUGCGAACGUUACAGUUCCUCAAGUGGUUCGCCAUAUGCGCUAUAUUGGGGAGAAGAUAGGAUACGAUCACGUCGGAAUCGGAAGCGAUUUCGAUGGGACGCCAUCAGCCAUCAUGGGAUUAGAUGAUGUGUCGAAAUACCCUAAUCUCGUGGAGGAAAUGUUGGUGCAGGGGAUCAGUGAGGGUGAUGUUCGAAAGAUCAUAGGUGGUAACGUUCUCCGCGUGUGGGCGGAGGUCGAUCGGGUUGCUGCUGAUUUGAAAGCGAACAAGACCCUGCCUGCUGAGGAUGAUCCUGCUUGGCUUCCGAAUCCGUGGGAGGGAUUUUGAUAGAACAGUUGCUGGCGCGAGAGGGUGCCGUCGAAUGGCUUGCCAUGAUAAGUAGUGCUAUUGGCACUCAGAGCUGUUCUGUCCUUCAUAGCUAGUAUAUACCACUUAGACUGUAGCAUGGGAGUUCUUAGUAGGUAGUCACGCUUUGUGAACCCCAUUGGAAAUGCUAGUUAUGAACUGGAUUUCAACCUAUCAAAGAG